GCGAGGGCGGAGCAGGGCCCGAGCGCCAGCCCGAGCAGCCGGGGCGCCGCCGCGGGGAUGCCCGCGCCCGCCGCCGCGCCCUGAGCGUCUUUGUCUGCCGCCCGCGCCGCCCGCCGCUCCCGUGGCCUCGCGGGCUCGCGCCGCGGCCGGGGGCGCGCCCCUGAAGAUGGAGCCGGGGCGGCCGACGCCCCCAGCCCCGCGGUCCCCGGACCCCGCGGCCUGCGCCGAUGCAGCGCCGGGCCUGAGCGCCGGGCGGGACCCGGGGCCGGAGCGGCGGCCGGAGCGCGCGGGCCAGGACGUGCGCCCCGAGAGCGGCCAUGCGCCCGCCCCGGGCCCGGGGGCCUCCUGCUUCUUUCCAGACCAGGACCUCGACCUGGACCCGGAUCUGGACCCUGGCCCUGACCCCGACCUGGACCCCGGCCCCGACCCCGACAGGCAGCUGCCGGAGCUCGGCCCUCUCUUCUCCUGGACUCAAGAGCCAGAGGACUGCGGCCCCCCAAGUUGCUCGCAGAGCGCGGCUGCCCGCGUGCAGGAUUGCAGCCACGGCCACCACCGGAGGGGCGACACUGGCCUCUUCCCGUCCUUCCCGUCGCCCUCGGAGGGCGAGUUGGGGCUGGAGGGGCCCGGGGACCCAGACCGGCCCUCGGACUUGAGCCAGACCCACCCCCUGUCGAGCGAGCCCGCGGGCUGUCCGGAGGAUGGCCCCCGCUUGCGGGCCGUGUUCGAGGCCCUGGACGGGGACGGGGACGGCUUCGUCCGCAUCGAGGACUUCGUCCAGUUCGCCACGGUCUACGGGGCAGAGCAGGUGAAGGACUUAACGAAAUACUUGGAUCCCAGUGGCCUCGGCGUGAUCAGUUUUGAAGACUUCUACCGAGGGAUCACGGCGAUCAGAAACGGAGGUUCCGAUGGCCAGCUCUGCGUGGCGCCUGCCCAGGACGAGGAGCCGCCAGCCUGCCCCGACGAGUUUGACGACUUUGUUACCUUUGAGGCCAACGAGGUGACGGACAGCGCGUACAUGGGCUCCGAGAGCACCUACAGCGAGUGCGAGACCUUCACUGACGAGGACACGAGCACCCUGGUGCAUCCCGAGCUGCAGCCCGAAGGGGACACGGACAGCGCAGGCGGCUCGGCUGUGCCCUCCGAGUGCCUGGACGCCAUGGAGGAGCCUGGCCACGGCGCCCUGCUGCUGUUCCCGGGCAGAUCCCACCUGCACAGCCAGUCCAUCGUCACGGUGAUAGGUGGUGAGGAGCAUUUUGAGGACUAUGGCGAGGGCAGUGAGGGGGAGUUGUCUCCGGAGACCCUCUGCAACGGGGAAUAUGACUGCAGGGAGCCCGCCUUUCUCACCCCCCGCACCGACCCGCUUGCCGCAAAGCUGCACAGCAUCCUCACUGAUGAGGCUUUUGAGUUUUACUGUAGCCAGUGCCACAAACAAAUCAACCGCCUCGAGGACCUCUCUGCUCGCCUGAAUGAUCUUGAAAAGAAUAGUCCAGCGAAGCGGCUCUCCAGCAAGAAGGUGGCAAGGCACCUGCACCAGUCGGGAGCCCUGACCAUGGAGGCCCUGCAGGACCCUCCCCCAGACCCCAUGGAGGGCAUGGAAGAGGACAUUGCUGACAAGGUUGUCUUCCUGGAGAAGCGGGUGUCAGAGCUGGAGAAGGACACAGUUGCCAACGGGGAGCAGCACAGCCGGCUGAGGCAGGAGAACCUCCAGCUGGUGCACAGAGCCAAUGCCCUUGAGGAGCAGCUGAAGGAGCAGGAGCUGAGAGCCUGCGAGAUGGUCCUGGAGGAGACGCGGAGGCAGAAGGACCUCCUGUGCAAGAUGGAGAGAGAGAAGAGCAUCGAGAUCGAGAACCUGCAGGCCAGGCUGCAGCAGCUGGAUGAGGAGAACAGCGAGCUGAGGUCCUGCACACCCUGUCUGAAGGCCAACAUCGAACGCCUGGAGGAGGAGAAGCAAAAGCUGCUGGAUGAGAUAGAGGAGUUGUCGCUGCGGCUCAGCGACGAGCAGGAGAACAGGAGGAAGCUGGGGGACAGGCUGAGUCACGAGAGGCACCAGUUCCAGAGGGACAAGGAGGCGACCCAGGAGCUGAUCGAGGAUCUGCGCAAGCAGCUGGAGCACCUGCAGCUCUUCAAGCUGGAGGCAGAGCAGAGGCGGGGCCGCAGCAGCAGCACAGGCCUGCAGGAGUAUCACAGCCGCACGCGGGAGAGUGAGCUGGAGCAGGAGGUCCGCCGGCUGAAGCAGGACAACCGUAACCUGAAGGAGCAGAAUGACGAGCUCAAUGGGCAGAUCAUAAACCUGAGCAUCCAGGGCGCCAAGAACCUCUUCUCCACGUCCUUCUCUGAGUCCCUGGCUGCAGAGAUCAGCUCGGUCUCCCGUGACGAGCUCAUGGAGGCUAUUCAGAAGCAGGAGGAGAUCAACUUUCGCCUGCAGGACUACAUUGACAGGAUCAUCGUGGCCAUCAUGGAGACCAACCCGUCUAUCCUGGAGGUCAAGUAGAGGCAGGAGGGCCAGCCUAGGCUGGAUUCGGGACUCCACCAACACCCCGGAGACGGCCCCAGCACACACGGCUGAGACCGACAGGCCCCACGCAGACCCAGCCCAGAGCACGCAGCUGGGCUGGGGCACAGAGAUGGGUCUGCAGAAGGGGCCCGGGGACUGGAGCCCACAGCAGGUGUGGGCGGGUGGGGCCUGCUCUCGGCUCUCGCCUUCCGCUGCCCCCUCCUCUCUGUGCAGAGAUGUGGGGUACGGUUUCUCAGGCUGCGGUGAGCUCCCUCCCUUGUGGCAGACCCUCCCGCUGUCCCACCCUGUCAGGGAAGAAAGGAAGCAAACGGGUCCCCACGGGGCUGCUGCCACCUACACACAGGCACCCUGACCUGGUGCCGCCUGAGCCUCGGCCAUACUUGGAUGGUGUAGAGGCCCCAGCACCUUGCUCCAGACGUGGUGGUGUGGGAAGCACAGGUGGGCGAGGUCAGUGCACGUCAGGGUCUGGCCGGGAGCUGCAGGACCCCCGGCUUUCCUGGGGCCGUGUCUCACUGGCACUGAUCUGUGUCUCCGUGAGCUGCUCAGGCCAUCACCCAGCCAGAAGGGGCACCUAUGUCCAGCGUGAGGUCCAGGGGUCUCUAGGCCACAUGUCUGUUCCCACAGUCAGACCCCUGCUGCACUGAUCCUCAGGGGCUGACUCUCUUGUGGGGGCUGGGGCAGGAGUCCCCACUGUGAAAUCAGGACUUGAGAGUAACUGUGUGGAGCGCGCUGUGUGGACGGGUGCAUGUUACUGGCCCCCUCUCGGGGUGCAGGCAAGGCCUGGCGAGGUGCUGCCGCCCCAUGGGUGUGGCCUUCCUGGCCUCCUGGAGUCCUCCCCUCCCUGGAGAGAUCUGGGUUUCCGAGGCCAGAGUCCAAUGUCUGGAAGCACGUUUCCUUUGGGUGUUGGCAGUCAUGAGAAGUCGUCGUCCUUCCUUGAGGUGCAUUUUGCGAGAGGCAGGGCAGGGCAGGCUCUCCAAGUGCACAGAUCAAGAACAGAGAACAAGGCCUUCCCGCGGUGUGGGACUCCUUUGGGGAAGCCCUGCCCAGCGCCUGCACCACAGGAGCAGCAGUGCCUCCUCCACAGCUGCUGGGCCUGCCCCCUGAGCCUGAGCACGGCCAGGCGCCUCCGGGUGCUCUGGGUGGGCCGAGACCCCGCACACAGACUGGCUACUGCUGCGUGCGGGUCGUGUGUGUGUGCGUGAGUGAGCGCGUGUGUGCAGGCGUGUGUGGCCCACCUUCUACACCAAGAUGUAAGACAUUGCCUCGGAUUGUACAUUUUGGGGAAAGCCUGGGGUGUAAAUCAGUGUAAACUUGAGGAGAGAUUUUUCUAUAAUGUAGAGUAGGUAUUUUUUAUAGAUUGAAGGUUGAUCAAUUUUUUAAUACUUCCAAGAGAGAAAACUAUCGGUGUAUACACAUGAAAUAUAUAUAUAUGUCUGAUCAUAAAUCGCAAGACUUUGCUUUCCGCACCCAGCCUGCCCUGACAGCCGGGGCUGUCUCUGCGUCCCUCGGGGUGCGUUGUUGUG